AUGGCUAACAUAAGUGGCGAUGCACUUUUUCGUGCGAUAUUGUCGUCUGAUGAACAGUUGGCAACAAACCUGAUUGUUGAGUUCAAAGCACGCAUUAAAAGAGAUUUGGUUAACCUCUCUUAUGUUCCCAGGUAUUUCGAAGCCUUGAUUCUGGCAUACAACAAACCAGUAUUGGCGACUAAUGCCUUUUCUACCAUAUGCCACUUGGUGAAGCGCGUCAGUAUCCAAGAUGCCAAUGUAUUAAAACUUGUUGACUACCAGGUUGUCCCUUUCCUCAUCGACCGCCUGGAUGAUGACAAGAUCUCUCUUAGAAACACAGCUAAAAAGGCGAUGAUAACGUUUUGGCAAGCGGUUCCAAACGAAUUUGAAGUUUCACUGAAGACUUAUGGACUACGGCAUUUUGAUCCUCGAAUAAGGUAUGAAGUUUUGAGAAUGCUUUGGGAAAUAGUGGAUAACACUCCUGGCUUCACUUUCAAACCAUUUUUACCAGAAGCUGUAUGCCUGCUAGAUGAUAACGAUUCGAAAGUCUCUAGCACUGCUUGCGAAUUACUCACGUUAGUGUUCAAAGUCGUCAACCCAACCAAUAGGACCGCUAAAAGCGAUCUUGUCAACCACCUGUUGAAAACCAAAAUAUCCCGCACCCAAGCUAUUCGCCUUCUGACACGUAUUGACGAGGAAUUUAUCAUUGAAUAUAAACGAUUAUCAGAACAGGCAUCUUUCAUAAGUGCGGGAUCCACGAAGGUCACUGCGACAGGUCCACCCAAUCCCAGCGUUUCCACGAAAUCCGGGGCGUCAAGAUUUCAGUUUGAUAAUACCAGCGACCAACAACAGUCCAGGUUUGCUCCAUCCCAAGGAUCUACUCGGCCAUCAAUUCAAGGUCAUAGGUCAAGAACUAGUUCCUCCGGUCGUGCGCACUCUGCAACAUCAACAGACUCAAGCAAAAGUGAUGACGAGGAUGGACGUAGUGGGGUCCAUGUCGGCUUGUCUAGCAUUUUAGAGAAUACUCCGUUAUACUCUAUUGAUAGCAGCAUAGUCGCCAUAUCGUUUACCAACGAAGAACAACUUUUGGAAAAAUUAGAGUCAUUGACAUCACCUUUUCAGGGUAAAGAGACUGAGUUCAAUUGGAGUCCAAGAGAACAGGCAAUUGUACAGAUGAGGCAAAUACUGAGAGGGAACUCGGUCUCUCAAUAUUGCAGUUUGCUUUCCCAAUUUUUCAAGCAAGAGAAGGAGUGCAUUUGCAAAGCAGUUUCUUCUUUACGAACUACACUAUCAAGUAAUGGUUGCCAAUUAUGCAAAGAGCUUGGUAUCUUGUUUGGCCAGUUUCUGGAUGGCACACUGGUUGACAUGCUUAUGAAUUCGCUUAUAAAACUCACUUCUGCACGCAAGUCAAUUUCCCAGCAAAACGCUCAUGCUGGAAUUGUUGGCCUCCUGGUUCACGCCGGAUACAAUCCGAGAAUAUUGAAUCAAAUUGUAUUAGCCACCCAAGACAAAAAUGCGCAACCCAGAGUCUACUCAGGGAUAUGGCUUCUUAUCCUCCUUCUCAAGCAUAAGGAAAAUAGAGUUAUUGUCGAUAAUCCCACAUUCCUCGAAUCGGUUGAAAAAUGCAUUCAGAAGGGAGUGGCAGAUCCAGCUCCCGCUGUCCGUGAGACCAUGCGGGCGGCAUUUUGGGGACUUAACAGUAUUUUUCCUGCUAUCUCUAAUCGCAUAAUGGGACGUUUGGAUGCGAACACAUGCAAGGCGCUGGAGAGAGCAAACCCACGCCAAAUGCAAGACAAUGCCGUUUUGAAGUCCAGGCAAAAGCUGGGCCAUAGGCCCUCAAUGAAGGAGCUCAUAAUGGCCCGUCAGCGGGAAUCUCAUCACGUGGGGAACUCCCAACGUAUUGAUAGUGAUCCAAAACUGUCCAAAGUUAGACUAGAACGGGAUAUACAUGGCUAUAGCUCUAAUUCUGCAGCUCAUUCCUCCACCAAGAUGUCUUCAGCAGAGUCCAAAUCCCCUGACCAAAACUUAAUUGAGGAAAAGGAAAAUAAUGACAACGGUCAAAAAAAGGAUGACACCACGGGAACAUUCACAUUAAAUCUCCCUAUUGAAAAAAUAAAUAGGGCAUCGGAUUUCUCAAAUGAUAGUUUAUCAGAUGAAGAAAGGAGACGAAAUUCCAUUUAUGAGUCUUUAUCCUCGGAAGACAAGUCUCGUCAAGCGGAGGGUCUCCGUGAAUUGAUCAACACGAGCGGCGAACCACUUCCAAGCAAGUUUGAAAUUAAUGUCAACAGAUUGUCGAUAGCCAGUCCUGGCAUGUUCUUUAUGAUGUUUGAGUCAAGCGAAACAUUUCGAAAGCUUUCAUUAUACCUGGAAGCCGAGAACUUGCUCCGUAUCAGCUGCUACUACAACAUUGAGACGGAGUUAACUGAGGCCAAUGUCGAGGAUAUUAUUGGUUCUCAAGACUUUGAAACUAUGAUAUGCGCUAUUUCAAAUGUCAUUUCCAUGUGCAUUGAUGCUUCAAAGUGCGAUGAUAUUAAUUUGUCAAUGCAGUAUGUUAAGUACAGAGUCCAGUUCAUGGAUACCUGCUUUUUUUUUGUUGAGCACCUGUUCAAAAAGGAUCUGAAAUUUAUUUCUUCCUCAGUUGUCAAGACGCUGAUCCAAGAACUAUUGAAAUGUUGGGAGAUAGUUCACAUACAACCAGGAAAGCUUCUUUCAGCUAUUGAAUCGGUAUACAGAAGUAACCAGUGUGAGUUCAACGAUUGCUUCAAUGAGAGCGAAGGAAAAAUUAUGAAGUUAGAGUUAAAAGGAAGACUUCCAACAGAAAUAGGCAGCACAUUGAUUAUCCCGUCUUCCCCCAUUUCGGAUUAUAUGGAUAUCCCCGACAUGGAGGAAAAUUCAAAUGAUGGUUUAACAAUGGUUGUCGGCAAAAAGUUCGAUCAAAUUAAAGACGUGAAAUCAGACAUGACUAUGAUCAUGCCCAAAUUUCCUUUGAAAGAAAACUCACGCGCGUACGCACCCUUGGACAACCCUUUUGUGGAGAAGUCCAAUCUGGCCCCAAUUAACUCGUCUUCUUCAGCAAUGAGUCACGUUGUAUCCACCAAGUUCAAGGAAGCUCACAAUAGAGUUGGCCCAUUGGAAAGCUUGGGAGUAUCUGAAACUGAAAACAUGGACCUCGAUAGAGGGCAGGUUAUGUCGGAUAAUACACCAGAUCUUGACCAAUUGACGCUGGCAGAACAAGAUGCUGAUCCAGUAACAGGUCAAGUUGCGGACGAAGACACAUUCAGAUCUGCUCCACACACUAGCAACCAAUUGAGCGCAAUUAUGGAAUCGACAGAUCCUCUAUCUCUUCUGACUAGCUCCUCAGCAAAAGUUGAAAUAUACGAGGAUGAAGCAGUGCCUCUUGAAGAAAUUGAUACGUGGUUUGGAUUCGAGUCGUGUCAUAUGGUCGGAAUAAGAGCGGAUGUUGAGCAGCUUGCGAUUCUAAAAGAAAGGAUAACACAGCGAUUCGCUUCUGUUGAUGAGUUACUUCUGUUAGGCGCGAUAGUGAAUGACGGAAUCAGUUCUAUCGAAGCAGCCGAGAUUUGCAAUCUCACUUUGAACUUUUUGUCCGUUGAACUUCCAUUGCCUCAAAUUCUUGCUUCUCUCACACUUUUACGAUGCUCUUAUUUGAAGAGUAAUUGUUGUGAAAGUCAAAGGGUAUUUCAAAAGCUUUUCGAAUUAAGUUCUCUUAUUGGAAACCCCGACGACUCGGAAGAACUGUUUUUGGCGCUUUCAGAAUUUCUUGAGUUGUUUCCGAAACUUGAAUUAAUCGUUGGGAAACUAUACAAUUUCAAGUCUUUGGGAAUGGGGACACAGCUCCUUCUGUUGAACAGAUUAGGAAAACUUCUGGAUGUGUCAGCUUUGACUUCUGAGUCAAUAUUUGAGAUUGAUGUGGCUCUUUACAAGGCCCUACAAUCUAAGCACACUGCAAUUCGGAGAGCCGCCGUAAUAGAUUACGCAUUGCUUUUGAAGCUGAAAUCCCAAAACUUUGAAGACCAGUCAAAUAUCGAAUUGGCAAAUGAGCUGGUUUCGAGAAAACUGAAUGACGACCAAUUAAGAUUGGUUGAAACCUAUGUCCGGAUAAACUCAUAA